AUGUCUUCUCCGGCGCGUUCAACGCGGUCGAGUCGCGCUUCGACACCAGCAGACGAUAGCUCCUCGAUUGUAUCCAUGGCUCUGGAGUCGCCAGGAACCAGGAUGAGGAAGCUCAUGGCCGCUUUCGACGAAGAGUCAGACGAUGACGCAGGCCAGAGUGAAGAGGAGGAUGAGCCAGUCUUCAAGCCUAGAGGCAGACUGGCUGCUAGGAUGGGAGGUGCAGCUCCUCCAAUCCAAGAAGAGUCAUCUUCAGAAGACGAGGAUUCACCUGCAAAAGUCACACACUCGAUCGAGAUGGCUCGCACAGAAACACAACCCAGCCCUCCUCGCAAGAGCCUUGUGCAUCGAGCCUCGACUCCCGCAGCAUCUGCCCGAUCAGAAAGUCCUGGCUUGUUUAUGUCGCCAGCUCCCGAGCAGAGACGAUCCAUUGACGAAAACUCGAACCACGCAAGCGACUCGGACUCGGACCUUCCUGCAGACCCAUCGGCACCCUCUCGUCUCCGCGACCUCGUUAACCGCCGCCGUGCUGAGAGACUGGCAAGAGAGCAGGCAGAAAAGGAAGCAGAGGAAGAACGUGCCACUAGCGGCCAAGCUCCUCUGUCAGACAUAUUCAACGACGAGGAUACAAGGGACGAAGCUACUGAGCGAAGACUCACACAGUCUGCAAGACCCACUCGAAAAGCCAGUAAGAGGGCAUUGGAAGAGAUGAACAGGGAAACACAAAGAAUCAAGAGAAACAUGCAAUUGACACAUCAGGCAAAGGUCAAGAAGAGAUUCACACCCCAAGACUUCCUCUCUGCAUUCAAUCGCCCCAAGACUUCGUCUGGUCUUGCAAAUGUCACAAACGCGGCAGACGUUACCUCUUCCUCUCCUCCGCCUGAGCCUUUCUCAGAGACUGGUGCGGACGAGGACCGCGAUACACCACCAUCAAGUCCUCCAAGUGUUGAUGACUCUCUCAAAAUGAUCCCUGAACGGCUCAUGGGCACAGAAACUGUCGAAGAGAAGACUGUCAACAAGGGCAAAGCUCCUAUGCCUCAACCACCCACUGAACAUAAGUCGAUACCAAUUCGCAAGGUCCGCGUCAAGAUCCCUAAACACAGCAAACUCAACAGAUCAAACGACGACGACGAGGAUGAUCUCGAGAUUGUCCACGAUCCCCUCGCCAUGUUCAACCAAGUUCCCAAGAUGCAAACUCCGGAAGGACGAACCAUGUUGAUGCUCCGACACCUUGCCCAGCUCACUGGCAACGGCGACAGGAUCCGCAGCAAGAAGGGACAAAAGCCAUCCAUCUCACCUCAGCAACUCGAAAUCCAGCUCCGCCAACGCGCUCGCGAAAUCGCAAACCAGGAACGUGCUGCCAGGCUCGCCGACUUGCGUGCCAAGGGCAUCGUGAUCCUGACUGAGGAAGAACGUGAAAGGGAGCAGAUGCAGAUUGAGGACAUGCUGGGAAAGGCAAGAGAAGAAGCCGAAAAGUUGCGCAAGCAAGAAAAGGCCACUGCCAAAGCCAAUGGAGAGGACGUUGGCAUCAGCUCUGAUGAGAGUGAGGACGAGGACUAUGUUGGCAGUGACGAAGAAGUCAGAGCCCCGGCAGAAGAGGCGGAUCAAGAAGAAGAGGAAGAGGAUAUCGAGCUCUCUGGCUCUGAAGAGGAGGACACUGUCGACCAUGACAUGAUCGAUGCCGAGGCCGGCGAAGAAGACCAGGACAAGCUCGAGGAGACAGAAGACCAGGCCGAAGAUGAGACACCUCAAGACGAUGAACCUCAGUUGCCCAAGUCCAGAAGGGCACGCAGGAAACAUAUCAUCGACGACGACGAGGACGAAGAUGGACCGACAACUCAACAAACAUCAGGUGAUGGUAUCAAUGAUGAGCUUGCCGCUGCAUUCGGGUUCGGACGAACACCUUCCGCCCCCAUGGGCAUGUCUCAGAUGUUCGCAGGAACUAUGGACGAUACCCAAGCAUCUGGCAUGAUGGUUUCUCAGGAUCAAGAUUCUUUCGAGAUGCUUCGUCAACUUCCUCCUUCUGCUCCCAUGCCUUCAAUGCCCCUGUUCGAAGAUUCUCAGGAUGCCGUUGCUGACAGCCAAGUUGACGCUACUCAGACUCAGGCAAAUGAGCCCACUCAGCAGAUGGAUCUACAGUUCCCUCAAUCCUCUGCUGACUCGCCUGCAAUUAAUCGCAUGUCGCAGUUCUCUCAGAUCCCGGACCCAUCUCAGGAUGUCGGCUUCGAUCCUAACGUUACUCCCCUUGCUGACCGAGUUCGUGCUCCCUCGUCUACUGUCGAGACUGUCAUGCUCGGUGUGCCAGAAUCUCCUGUCGUUCAGCGUCGUGGUCGUCUGGUCAGGCGUUCUGAGGUCGACCAGCAGGCAGAUGAAGAAGCAGUGCCGUCUUCAGCACCCAUUGCUGUCGGAAAGCCAUCGGAUGCAUUCAGUGUUAUGCGUCAACAGAAGAGUAACGCCAAGGGCAUGGUCGAUGAACAAGCCGAGGAAUCCGAAGAUGAGUAUCGCGGUCUUGGAGGUGCAAGUGACGACGAAGACGCCGGUUCUGGCGACGAAGAUGACAAGCAAAUGAUUGACGAGACGGAUGUCAAAGUCGACGAACGCCAGCUCGCGGCUCUUUAUGCUGAAAAGUCGCGUGUGCAAGACGAGGCCCAGACAAGCAAGCUGUACAAGGAUCUCAUGUCUGGUGCUCUCCGCCGCAAACGCGGAAUCAACGCCUUCGAACUCGACUCUGAUGAAGACGACCAGGUAGUUGAAAGAAGACGACGCAGACAACGCGAAGAAGCUCGCAAGCGUAAACUUCUGCUUCAAGACGAGACGCUGGGUAAACUUGGCAGCAACGACAAGAAAGAGGCCUUCCUCCGUGCCAUUGAGGAUAGAGACGAAGCCGACGAUAUUGAUUUCCUGGACGGUCUUGAUGUAGAUGACGAUGUGGAAAUGGUUGACUCACAACAGCAACCUUCUGCAUCUCAACCCACUGCUUCUCAAGCUGGCGAUGAAGAGCAGUCCAAUACUCUCAAACGACCAGCCGACGCCCUCGAACCCAGCCGAUCGUCUCAACAAGCCCAACCUCUGCAAAAGAAAAAGUCCAUCGCAUCAGCAUCUUCUCUUCGCCGCUCCGGCCUCAGCGACACAUUCCGCAAGCCCAAAUCUCUCGCCGAAGUCCGCGACUCGCUUUCUUUCCUGAUUGAUGACCCUUCAAACGAAGAACUAGCUUCUGAAAUUCUGCUGUCUUCAGACGAAGAAAGAGAAGUCCGCGCCGUAUCUUCUGAACCCAGAGCCCCUGCUUCCGCCCGCAGAGUCCCCGCCAAAGACUCGAUCAUCGACCGCCUAACCCUCAAGAAACAAGCCUCUUCCUCCAUCCCCGAAACCGCAGACGCAAACCUCGCAUUUUCGUCGCUGUCCCAACAAGCCAAAGGAAGUUUCUCCUUUAAGCCAGCUAGCUUGCUUAGGAAAGCCACUGUCAAUAAUUCUUCGAUGGGUGAGAAUAGAGCCCCUCCGAGUCUUAACAAGGAAGGCAGUAGUGGGAUCAGGAAUGGAGGUAGCAAGAAGAGUAGUAUUAAUUACCAGGCUAGAGAGGCGGAGAGGCAGGAGAUUGUGCAAAAGGCGGCGAAGAGGAGGGAGGAGAAUGUCAGGAAGAUUGCUGGGUUGAGACGUAAGGCUGGGGGUGCGCUUGUUGCACUGGGCAGCGUGGGUGGUGGGUUUGAGUGA